UAUGAAGCUGAACCAUUGCGUUGUAACUCGAACUCGACGUUUCAGUAUACAUUAGUACUGAUAGACAUUGAGGAAUUUAGAUCUCGAGUUUCUAAAUUUAUUUAGCGAUGGCUGAGAAGUGUGGAUCAGAGAAAGCAUCAAGUUCUUCACCGAACCUGAUAUGUCCAUUAUGUCUUGAUAUAUUUGUCGAGGCGACAAUCUUAACUUCAUGUGGACACACAUUUUGUAGGCAGUGCCUCAAGAAAUACGAUCUAACCCACCAGGACCUUGAUCACAUGGUCUGUCCUCUCUGCAGGGAGAUCACCAAGUUGUCCGCCAACCGUGUCGAUGAUCUCCGCCUCAAUGUCUCCAUCAACGGAUGCGUAGACGAUUACCACGCCAAGUGUGGUGGGAUGAACGCUGUCCUCGAGAUGCGACCAAAAUGUUCUGGUUGCAAGCUUCAAGGAGAUGCUGUCUCAUUCUGCAGAACCUGUAAUAACUACAUAUGUGAUAAAUGUUUGCAAUGUCAUCAAUAUCUGUCAGUCUUUGAAGAUCAUGAGAUUGUCUCCAUGGAUGAUGUCAUCGAAGGUAAGGUCAGCAUUGGUCAUUUAUUCGAGAAGUGCUCCAUCCACAAACCAGAGAACAAGGAUAUGUUUUGUGAGGACUGUAAGGUCCACGUCUGUCACAAGUGCGUACUUGUUGGUCAUAAAGCUCAUGAAAUCAAGAACCAGGUUGACUUUGAGCAGGAGUUGCGACGGAAGGUGACAGACCUUGCCCAGCGAUGUGCUGACAAGAAAGCAGAGCUGGAAAAGAACAUUCAGAACAUAGAAAUACAACGUCAUGAGGUACACACUGCAGUGCAGACACUACUAGAUGAUGUCAGGCAAGCCUACAGCAUCAAGGCCAAGGAGCUGGAAGAAAAUCUUCGAAAUCUCACCGACUCAAUACAUGCCUUACAGCAUAGUUUUGAUGACGACCUCGACGUCUUGAAGUCAAAAGAUCGACAGAGGAUCAAGAGUAUUUGUAGUUCAAUUACUUUGGUAGAUAAUGACAGACUGGGUCAUCUUGAGACAGACACUCUAUCUGCUCAUAUCUUGCUCUGUGAGGAGCUGGAUACCAUGCUGAAGGAGGUUACUGAUCACACUUCUGCGGAAGCUAUUAAGAAGAAAGCACAGGAGAAGAGGUUCAAACCAGCAGAUGAUACUCGUCUUGACCUCGGGAGCAUCUCAGGAUCAGAUCCCAAGAUGGAAGUCAUUCAGUGUGUUGAUCUACGGGAAGGGAUGCAAGGUAUGACAAGGUACUCCAAUAGCACUGUCGCUAUCGGGUAUGGGGAUUAUGCACAAGGUAUUGAUAUCAUUGAUUCAAAUGGUGGAAAGCAGCGGUAUAGUAACAUAUUAGCCUUAAAUGACAUGAAAUGUUAUGAUCUGGUUUUGCAACGGGACGGGGCGUUAUGCGUGUCCACUGAUACUACAGAAGCCCACAUCUACUCUCGCCUUGGCUCUAGGAAAGCAACAAUCCACGUGAGAAACAAUGGAUAUCUUCUCAGAGUUAACAGUAGUCCAUCAGAUGAAAUCAUCAUUACUAACUAUGGAAAACAAGUCUAUAUCUAUGACCCGACAGGAUCCACUCUUAAACACACCGUUCAAACAAAGCACGAUACGUAUCAGGCAUCUACCACCAGGACGGGUUUGAUCGUCACAAGUUCAUGUCAUGCAAAACCACGCGUGGUGACGGUCUAUGACAGGGAUGGGAAUGCUGGUGAGUCUCUACAAGUUCCAUGGGAUGUCUACCCGUACGCUGCAGUGGAUGAGCGGGACAGGGUGUAUGUAGCGAGUGUUGAUAUGAAGAAUAAUAGUGUCGUGAUCAGACUCUAUGAUCUUGAUGGUCUGAACCUGAAGGAAAGAGUUGAAUUCAAUGCACUUGAUAUGACAUUGGAUACUUGGUGGUGUUACUUAAUGGUUUCCCUCUCCCCAGACAUGCUCGCCUUUGCUCGUUACAAUAAGUUAUAUUUCAUCAAGGUAUCACUGUAAUCCAGAUUGUCUCACAUCAUAUAGCAUCACAGCCCAAUAUUGUGUAACAUGUAUUCACCGAGCUAUCCUGAUUUACCUCCAUGGUUCCAUAUUCUAUUGUUUAUCAUAAUUUAAUGAUAUCUCUUUUCAAUGGUAGGAUCCAUCAUGUGACAUUCUUAGGAGUAUACAAACUAGUCACGCAUGCUAUAGAACUAUCAGUAAAAUUCCUU